GGCGAAGCAAGGCAGAGGAGAAGGCUAGAACUAAGGCUGAGAAACAACCCAAUGACGAUGGAGGGUCCCAUGUUUGGAGAACGAUGACUGCACUUCCACCAAACUUCCCAUUUUUGGAAUCAAUCAUAAAUACGAAUGACAAUCAUCCAUCAGCCUGCCUCUUACCAUACCUCCGUAUAGCUACUAUACCUGACUCUGGGAUAUCAUCUGUGAAGAGUCACGGCCAGGACCAGACACUCGAGGACAAAGACGGGGAACGAAUCAGCUACCAGAACACGGCCACGAUCCGAACUCUCUCGACGACAACCGUCGUUAGUUGACUACUCUGACCUCAGGCCUAUAAACUUCCCACAAGCUACAUCUCGUCUCUGUAUUGUACAUUCCGCAUCAUCACAAGCACCUCCACUUCGAUCCGUGUGUGGCGUAGAGAUACAAAACACUGCAAGCAACAGUCAGUGGCCUCGUGCAGAUAGACGCUUUUGAUCACUUGAGCAAAUCCACGAGUACCGGUACGGGUACGCGCACCUCCAAUAUCAGACUAGUACUUGUAAGUUCACCUCUCCAUAAACUCUCUCGCUAUAAAUUCAUUUCAGCAACUACCACUUCUUGCAUGCACAUGCAUAUAAUUUACAGUAGCUAUGGCUGAUACUAUGGUUAUUAGAGGAAGUAGCGCUCUACGUCGAAUUUCUUUUGGAAUCAGUCCGACUGAAGCUCAUAAACGAACAUUGUCCGAAAUGUCGGACUCAGUCCCCAUCCCACACUCCAGAUCUGAGCCUGCAGUCGACUCCAGAGACCUCGACCCAGAUGUUUCGCCGCCCGAAGGAAGCAAAUCACCUAUCCUCGAGCCCUCGACUCCUGGUAGCCCUCGGGACAGGCUGUCGCGAAAUCCAUCGGUUUCUGGAAGUAGUUCCUAUCAGGAGGAUUGGGAGGCAUUUCCACCAUUAGAGAGACUCACCGUUUUCGACAUCCUGGAGAAUUUUGCCCUUCCCCAACAACUGGAAAAGCUUCAGAGGAAUAUCUCAGCACAGACGGAGAAGGUACGGCGACAGAGACAGGUCUUGCAGGCGAAGGGCUCGCAUGCAAAGGAUCGCGUGGUGGAAGAAUGGCGUAGAAGGGUACCUCCGGCCGACGAGCAGUUGGACAAAUAUAGAAAGCGAAUGCGCAGUAGUGUCGACAAACUAGGAGAACGCUGGAACGAUACCAAAGUAGUCACCGCUCGAGAAAAGCUAUCAUUCAUCUGUGGUGUUUCGAAUGUUUUGAUAUCUGGAUACCUGAUUGGCGGAUAUCCUCAAUAUUUCCAUUGGUGGUACACAGCCCAGCUACUGUAUCUUAUGCCAAUCCGCUUCUACACCUACCACAAAAAGGGCUUCCAUUACUUCCUCGCAGAUCUAUGUUACUUCGUUAAUUUUAUGGUCUUCCUCAGUAUAUGGGUCUUUCCCGGCUCGAAGAGACUUUUCAUCAGUACAUAUUGUCUCGCCUUUGGAAACAAUGCGGUCGCCAUUGCCAUGUGGAGAAACUCGAUGGUGUUUCACAGCUUCGACAAAGUUACCAGUCUGUUUAUUCAUAUAAUGCCGUGUGCAGCGCUGCAUGUGGUCGUGCAUCUGCUUGAUCCAGCAUUCCAACAAACUCGAUUCCCAGGACUGUGGAGCGUUAAAACGUCACUCCCCGGCUCCAAAGAACACUAUACCCUCGGGCAAAUGACACUAUGGUCCACCAUUCCAUACGCUAUUUGGCAACUGAGUUAUCAUUUUCUCAUAACAGUUCGACGCCGGGAGAAGAUCUUGGCAGGAAGACCGACUUCAUUUACAGUAAGCGCUCAUUUGUCUUUUUAAUAUCAUGCGGCUGGCGAAACUUCAUCCCGGUUUUCCAAACUUGAAAAGCUUCUUUUUGCUAACUCAAUCGAUCAGUGGCUCCGAAAAUCCUACUCAAAGACCUUCAUCGGGAAAGUUGUUCUCAACCUUCCUGAAUCCCUACAAGAACCAGCCUUCAUGUUAAUUCAAUACACCUACGCUGUAAGCACUAUGCUCCCAUGUCCCCUUUGGUUCUACUACCGCUACGCCUCGGCCACUUUCCUUAUGGCUCUCUUCUGCUGGUCUGUCUACAACGGUGCGACAUUCUACAUUGAUGUCUUCGGCAAGAGAUUCCAAAAGGAGUUGGAGGCUCUGCAAAGAGAGGUCCAGAAGUAUCAGUCUAGUCCCGGCGGGACCGCAAGUAGCCCGUUGAUGACGCCUAAGAUCGAAGGGGCUGCGGAAAUGGAUCAAGAGAAGAUGGAUGGAAUUCCGCUUUUGAGUGAGCAGGUUGGGAGUACGGGGAUUGAUGGAGGGGCGGCAGUCGUUGCUACGGAGCGAAAAAUUGGGGAUUUACCCGCUUGAUGCAUAGCAGAUGACUUUUGUCU